UGCGGCAGAUUUUGUAGACAAAAUGAUGCCAGCAUUGGCAAUUGUGCGUUCGACUGGGGAUGUUUUUUGGCCUGUUCCAACGAAACUUCAGAGUUCCUGUAAAAUAGACGUCACCUACUUUCCAUUUGACCAGCAAAUGUGUCUUCUGAAAUUUGGGACUUGGACAUAUGAUGGCUUUAAGGUGAACGUAACUAAAUUGAGGGAUAAUAUUGAUACAAAUACCUAUGUCCCUAAUGGUGAAUGGGAAUUAAUCAAGACCGAGAAAGAUUGUCCAAAUCCUUUUACUCAAUAA